AUGUCGAAUAGAACAAAAACAAUAUUUAUAUCAAUCAACCAAUAUAAUAAAAAAAAAGAAAUAAAUAAUUAUUUAUAUUCAAAUGCUGGUCAAUAUCUUCCUGCUGGUUAUGCUAAUCAACAUACAUUAGCAAGUGAAGGUCCUGAUAAUUAUUUAAUGAAUUUUUAUAUCGCACAAUAUUCAAGUACUUAUCGACCACCACGUAUCCAAGCAAAAUCAAAUAUUCUUGCAGAUAAAUCUUUAACAACAGAAAAUCUUCUUACACAAAAAUUAAAAGCUGAUAGAGCUAAAACUGGUUUUGUCAAUAAUGAACGAUAUUAUUUACCAUAUACACGUUCAUUAGAUGAAAUUGAUAAUUCAAUACUUGGGUAA